AAGUUCCAAAGAGAACGAGACACGGCCGAGGCACGAACUUCCUGUAUAUCUGUGUCAGUCAGAAACCGUCGGAAAUGCACGAUACGUCGCAUCUCUCUGGAGCCUUGGUACUUUUCGAGCUUGCGUGAACAUUGGUGCACAUCGAAGGAGUAAUUACUAAAGACAGCGAUGUCGAGCAUGGCGCUGAUAGAAAGAUCGAAAAACUGUACGCCUGUUUCUUCGAAAUACAAUGUUGCUCGCUCGGAGAAACUCGGCAGGUAUUUACAAUCCGUAAAAGACUUGACCGCCGGUGAGGUAAUACUGCGAGAGAGGCCGGUCGCCGUGGGACCAACGAUUUCCAGCAGAGAUUACGUAUGCUUCGGCUGUUUGCGUUUCCCAACAAAAACGAAGAAGCUGUCGCAACACCUGUGCCCCAAGUGCAACGUUGCACUUUUAUGCGGCCCUAAUUGCGAGGAAGACUCCGAGUAUCAUACUAAAGAUGAAUGCGAGAUGUUCAAAAAUAACAAGGAUUUGUCGCCGGACAACGUCGAAGAGAUCAUCGGUGUUCUGUUGCCGUUGAGAUUGUGGCUUCUGAAACAAAGAGAUCCAGCAGCGUGGAGGCAAGUUGAAUGCAUGGAAGCCCAUACGGCCGAAAGAAGAGACACGCCGGUAUGGAGAGACAGAGAAUCGAACGUUAUAAACGUCAUCAGGGCGCUAAAUUUAAUUCCUGAUCAUGACGCGUCUACCUCAGAACUUUUACAACAAGUGUGCGGCAUUUUAGACGUAAAUGUGUUCGAGCUCCGAUCUCCGGGAGGAGUGGACGGCCUCUUUUUACGAGGUUUAUAUACGGAAGCCUCCUUAAUGGCGCACGACUGCAGAGGAAAUACCCACCUCACUGUGGAUGAUAAUUUUCACCUGACCGUGUACGCCAGCCUGCCGAUACAGCGCGGCGACACCAUAUUUUUCAAUUACACAUCGUCCCUUCUGGGAACGUCGGGCAGAAGGGAACAUUUGCGAGGCGGCAAGUAUUUCGAGUGCGAGUGCUCGUUGUGCAAAGAUCCUUACGAAAUGGGGUCGUACAUGAGCAGUAUCUUGUGCCCAGGUUGUAGACAAGGUUACUUGGGAAUCGAAAAUCCGCUGGCAGUAAAUCCGUACGAGAAAACCAUGAGAUGGCAAUGCGACAGAUGCAGAAAAAGCAUCGGAGGACGUCUCGUCCGAGCCACUCUAAACGUUAGCAGAACGUUGAUCGAAGACACGGAUGACAGCGACAUCAAAGGUUUGGAGACGCUGACGAGCAAACUGAACCGAUCAUUUCACCCGAAUCAUUUCUUGAUGCUGUCCUUGAAGCAAAAAUUAUUGGCGGCGUACAGGAAAGAGAUGGCAACGCCGAAUCCGCCCAAGAAAUGUAUGCAGAGAAUGGUGGACACGUGCAAAGAAGUUUGCGACGUGUUGGAGAUCGUCGAGCCCGGGAUAUCUCGGUUAAAGGGUAUAAUGUUGUACGAGAUGCAUUUGCCGUUGGUGCUGUUGGCUAACCGCGCGUAUGCCGCGCGCGAGAUCUCUUUGGCAGAGUUAUCCUCGCGGCUCGAGGAAGCUGGAAGUCUCUUGAAGAGAUCGCUUAGAAUGCUUCUUUUAGAACCGAUCGAGACACCGGAGGGCAAGCUGGCUAAACGAGCUUUGCAGGAAUUGAAAGCGCUGAAUCAAAAUAUAGCAGACGUUAAGACGAUCACCACGGUCGAAAACACGUCGUGCGCGAACGCCAAGAGGAAAUCAUCCAGGAACAAAUCUUCUACGAACAAAUGAACGUUCGACGACGGACUGUUUGAUGGAAGUCGUAAUAUGUAUAGUAUUUUGCGCUUCUUCGAACACAAUGAUUUCUAAAUGUACAUUAAUAUAAGCGAUUUCGUCAUAUAUAGUUGUCGAAUGUUUGUGAAAAAUGAACGAGGUUAUUUUUGUGAUCUAUUAUUUUUAAAAUAUAACUCUUACAACCAUCUUAUAUAUAAUAUA